AUGGGCUCCAAAAGAAAGAGAAAAAGCUCGCCAGGUCUGCCGAUCAAAAAACGAAACGCAACAAGGGACAAAGGUCAAGAGCGCGUACAUGACACUUCCGAGGCAAUCCAUUCUAAGGUCGACAAUCCCGGUCCCAUGACAAGAGGGAGGCAAGCUCUUGCAGUUGGCAUACAUUCUGUCGAAUGGGCCAAAAAUAUCGCCCCCAGUUCUAGUCGACUCCUAAAGCUACCCCUAGAGAUUCGUCAUAAGAUUUAUCGAGUAUUGAUUCAAUGUUGGCCACAUAUUAUGCCACGUACAUAUUGGCAAAAAGAUAAAUUCAGGAGCGGGGUUUUCCAAUCAUCUACAGAAACUGACAAUCUCGCUGCAUUGCUGUGUACAUGCAAACAAACAUAUCUCGAGGUCAAUGGGUCAAGCUUGUUCUACCAAUUCAAUAAAUUCCAUUUUGAUGGCCAGUACGGAAUGGUCCGUUAUUUCCGCUACGCCGCCAAUCCGUUCCACACAGCUAAUAUUCAUUCGCUGUCGCUUUCAUGGAUGGUGCAUUAUCGGUAUAACCUCUUUCCACCCAAGUCUCUUUGGGCCGCGAUUGAUAAAAUGCCGUCAUUGCAACACCUCGCAUUGUCUUUUGGCGUCGAUAAUCGCUCUACUUUAGUUAAAGGAAUGGGUUAUUCUAGGGAUGAUGGGGCUGCGGUGAACCAGUUCCUCCAGUUACUGAGACUUACGUUCGAAAACAGCGAAGCUUUGCAGAAUUUGAAGGGGUUGAAGAGCUUCCGAGUGAGCCCACCAUGGGACGUCACACGUACCGAACUUCUUUGGCAGUUUCUUGUGCAACAACAUCCGAAAGUGCGGGAAGGACAAGUUGCGUUCGACAAGGCCAUCACAGAAAUUGAGACUAACCUUCGGAUUAAAUACUAUUCUAGUCAAGGGGCUUAA